AUGGCGACUGCAGGGAUUGCGUUUGAUGUGUUGGAGCAAAUACUCGUUCGAUUGGAGAUAAAAGACUUGAUACGAUGCAAAACGGUGUGUAAGUCAUGGUGCUCUCUGAUUUUAAGUCAAUCUUUUGUUAAACUUCAGUUAACCUAUUCUCGCAACAAUGAUGAUCUAAACUUACUUGGACAUAGAAGGGUCGCUAGGCCUACCAACAUACCUGAAGGCUACUUUCAUUACUACCAGUCGUAUGGUAUUGUUGGUUCUUCUAAUGGUUUGGUUUGCCAAAUAGAUUAUAAAAAACUUAUAGUGACCAAUCCUUUGACUUCCGAGCUCAAAAAAGUGCUACUACCACGUAUUACUUACUUGCGUUGUACUGAAUACGAAUUUUGUGUUGCUUUUGGUUAUGAUCCAUACAUAGAUGAUUACAAGGUUAUAGCUGCGGUUGUGGAAAGUUGGACCUGGCCAUGGUUAAGGCGAGAUAUGCCUACGAGUUUUUAUGUGUUCAUGUUGAAAGCCUUGUCACCGGCUUGGAGGCUCAUAGGACAAGUCAACUAUGGCCACAUUAAAAGUGGUAGGUCUGGCGUUUUAUGUGACGGGGCCCUUCAUUGGUUUAUGAGAAGUUAUGAAAAGGAUCUGAUAUGA